AUGGCAUGCCAGGCCAUGCAUUAUUGGACUUUCAGUGGGUUGGUUGGUGCUUUUGUUGAUCUUGCUAUUGCUUAUCUCUUACUUUGCGCAUCAACUAUUACUUUUUUUGCUUCAAAGUUUCUGGGUAUCUUUGGAUUGUGCCUGCCUUGUCCUUGCAAUGGACUAUUUGGGACUCCCAAUAGGAAUUACUGCUUGCAUAGAAUGUUACUUGAUUUGCCAGCUGAAAAUGUGUCUAAUGUUCAGUUCUCUAUUAAGACCAAGUUUCCUUUUGAUUCUAUUUGGGUAAAGGAACAGAAUUGUCACUUGAAUAUGAUGUUAGUAAAAGAAAGAGAUGGUAACGUUGAUGGGUUUGUUGAAGUAGAAGGAGAGGCAUCGUGUAGUUUUAUAUCAGAUGCAAAGAAGUCACAAAUUGUUGCUAAAAGGGAUUUGGUUCCAAGGACUGAAAUAGGUGUUGAGUCUGGUAUGAUAGAAUCUCCAGGUGUGAAAGAAGAGAGGUUUGAUCUCAAGGGUAAGGGGGUCGAGAAUCAGAUGCCAAAGGGUGGCAUUCGUCGGCGUAGAAAAGUUGGUGCUGCGUGUGGAAUAUUAUCUUCUGUUUCAUCCUAUGAUCCUUCAUCUGAAGACAAACAGGAUAUUCCUCUGAAUCCUAGCAUCAACAACGAAGGAAAUGAAAUAAUUGAGGGCAGCUCAAUGCCUGCUACUGCUGGAAUUGAUGCUAAUCAUCAGUAUGAUGGUGAGGCUCCUGUUUUCAUGAGAUUAGGGGAGAACGUGUCAAAUGACUAUGAGUCAACUAAACCUUUUUUUGAAAAUAAUUUCACUGAGAAGAAGGAAUCAUCUGUUGAAGUUGAUGAGAAAAAUGCAAUUAGAAUCUUGGAGCAAGCACUUGAAGAGGAGCACGCUGCUCGUACUGCUCUUUACCUUGAGCUUGAGAAGGAGAGAAGUGCUGCUGCUAGUGCUGCGGAUGAAGCUAUGGCUAUGAUUUUGCGUCUACAGGAGGAGAAGGCAUCUAUAGAAAUGGAAGCUCGGCAAUACCAUAGAAUAAUUGAAGAAAAAUCUGCUUAUGAUGAUGAAGAAAUGAACAUUCUUAAAGAAAUCCUUCUGAGGAGAGAGAUGGAGAAGCAUUUCUUGGAAAAGGAAGUGGAAGCAUAUAGGCAGACGGUUUAUCUUGGAAAUGAGCAGUCAGAGGAUGACGUCCGGGAUCCAGACAGCCAGAAUCAACAAUGGCCUACUUCUUCACUUGAUCUAAGUGAGGAUCCAAUUCUGAUGCUACACCAACUUUGUGAAUCCAUUGACAAGAAGGAAAUUUUGAAAAAUAUAAUUUCAGAUAACGAGGCCAAAGUCAAACCGCAGAACUGUGCCCUUGCUCUUGACAAUGGAUUUCUGACUCAAGGAUGGGGUGGAGAUGCUGACUUUUCAAAUCAAGUGGACACUGGCAAACAAUUUCCAUACGUAUCAUUGUCCCAUAAUAAUGGCAUUCUGCAGUUUCAGGAGAAGGAGAUGCUGUCUGUAGAUAAAGAUACUCAACCAAGUGAACGGCAAAGAUUAGAAACACCGUCACUGGCAUAUAACUCAAGUGUUUCUCAGAUACAUGAGUUGCCUGAGAAGACCAUUCCCCUGGCAAGCGAAGAACAAGGGCAAAAAGAUAAUGAAAAUCUGUAUCCUGGAACGUCAGCCAAGGGUAUGGAAACUCAUGGUCCAAGUGAGAUAUGUAUUCCAUAUAAUAAUGAACAUGCUGAGCAGUGUGAAACAGAUGCACAUGUGGGGAGCAUAGAUCCCUGGAACCUGAUGUAUAAUAAAGAGCUUCAUGUUCAUGAUAUUCAUGUCAUCGAGCAUGGCACCAACUUUUGUACUGAGGUUGGUGGAAACAAAAUUGAACAACUAAAGAAUGAAACUUCAAAUGACCAAAGAAAAAGUGAUGUCCCAUCAAAAGCUUCAGCAAGCCAAAGGAUGGAAAACCAUGCAAGCACAAGCAGGUUGGGCAUUGGGCCAGACAUCAACAGAAUCACGUCAGACAUGACUAGUGGGCUGCCACCCAUGGGUUCAUAUGGCGGAUCUUUGCUUUCUGAUAUGCGGAGAAAUUCCAUGUCGGCAUUUGAUAAUGAAAGGUUGAAAAUUGACACUGAGGUUGGACGGCUUAGAGAAAAGUUAAGGAUUGUGCAAGAGGGAAGAGAAAAGCUCAACCUCUCUCUGGAGCAGCGGGAAAGAGAAAAACUGCAGUUACAACUUUUGGAGGAUAUUGCAUACCAGCUUCGAGAGAUUCAGCAGCUAACAGAACCUGGGAAGGCUGUACGUCAGGUGUCGUUACCCCCUCCAUCCUCUAAGGUACAGCUUUAA